GUAGCCAAACUCGCAUUCAUUGUUACCUUGAGGUUUUUGUUGCAGACAGACAGGACAACGACGGACGACGCCAACAAAAGCCCGUCUGUCUUGCCCCAUAUACAAACAAACAAACAGUUCCAGUCAAAAACCAAAUCUAGGGUUUUUGAUCAUCUUCAGAAUCAUCGUCAGAAUCAGAAUCAGAGGGAUGCUAGUGUUGGGGAAGAAGAGGUGAUGUUACUACGGGGUCUCAGAUGGAUCAUUGGCCUCAAUUCCAAUAGAAAUUCAUCGUCUUCUUCUUCCAACCACCCCAAGAGGUUACCUCAUGCUGCUGCCAAGCUUCUCUCCUUGCCACCACCAUCACCAUUAGCAGACAAGCAGCCUAACCAGCCAAUGCUAGAGGCUGUUCACGAGAUUGCCAUCUUCAUUCAUCGCUUUCAUAAUCUCGACCUUUUCCAACAAGGAUGGUAUCAGAUUAAGAUUACAAUGAGACGGGAGGACGGUGACGACACUUGUCUCGGAACGCCAGCUAGAGUGGUUCAAUACGAAGCUCCUGAUUUGGGUUCUGAUGAUGUAUAUGGAGUGUGGAGGAUUAAUGACACAGAUCACAGUUUCUUUACACCGCCUUUCAAAAUCAAAUAUGCAAGGCAGGACGUUCUUCUAUCUGUCAUGAUCUCAUUCAACUUAUCUCUGGGUCAAUAUGAGGGUCCAUCCACAUCUGCUGUCAUUUUGAAAUUUGAGCUUAUGUAUGCCCCUGUAUUGGAGAAUGGGUUUGGUUUGCAGUCUUCUCUGGAUGUAUGCUCUGCUUCAGUCCAUGAAUUUCGAAUUCCUCCUAAAGCUCUUCUAGGACUGCAUUCAUAUUGCCCUGUCCAUUUUGAUACUUUUCAUGCUGUGCUUGUUGAUAUUACCGUACACAUCACCCUGCUGAAGGGUGGAGUUCAUUCUGUGCCACCGAAGGUACCCAGUGACUCUUCUGCUGUUAAAGAUGUUGUUGAUGAAAAUUAUGACAAGUCAAAGCAAGUCAUGCUUGUUAGAGCAUUAUUAACUGCCCGAGGCAUACUUCUUGAAGAGUUACAAAAACUUAGCAACGCAAUUAAUCAGGCCAUUGAUUUGACUGAUUUUACUUCCGGAUUGGAUGAUUCAAGGUUUGGUUCUCUGCAAGGAGGUGUGAAGACUACACAUGCUGAACAUUCAACAGAAGCAUCUGGCAAGUCACGAAUGGAUUCUGAGAAGCCGAAUGGUUUUGUUGAUUUUCAGAGCAGUGAGUUUUUCCAUUCCUUAUCCAGGGAUGAACUCUUGAACUAUUUCCAUUCACUUGGGAGUCAGAUAUUGUAUUUGUGGAAUACGUUUCUGAAAUUUCACAGGGAAAACAAAAUAAAGAUUCUGGAAUAUCUGCGAGAUGUAUGGGCUGUUGACAGGAGAGCUGAAUGGUCAAUUUGGAUGGUAUACUCUAAGGUGGACAUGCCGCACCAAUAUAUAACUAGUGGGGUGGACGGGUCCUACCAUGGUAUUCGUGGAAAAGUAUCAGUUUUGAGAAAGUUAACUGAUGAUGUAAUAGAUCAACCUGCACAGACAGCAGCAAUGCGAGCUGAGCUUCAUCGGCGAAGUAUUGAGCAAAUGAGGAUCAACAACCGGUCUAUACAAGACCUGCAUAUAUUUGGAGAUCCUUCAGGCAUUCCCAUUAUAAUUGUAGAACGUGUUGUCAAUGCACCAUUGCGUUCUACCAGUGGAAAUUCAUAUUUCACUCAUCUCAACCAGAAAGAUACAUCUAGCUUGUCCACUGAUAUUGGUUUUAAGGGAAAAAACAAAUUAUCUGCUGCUAGCCCUCAACAAAAUGGUCGUGUUUUGAGGAUUGUUGUAUUUGUGCAUGGCUUUCAGGGACAUCACCUCGAUUUACGGCUUGUUCGGAAUCAGUGGCUUUUGAUAGAUCCCAAGGUAGAGUGUCUUAUGUCUGAGGUUAAUGAAGACAAAACGUCUGGAGACUUCAGAGAAAUGGGAGUAAGGCUGGCUCAAGAGGUGGCUUAUUUCAUUAAGAAGAAAAUGGAUAAAGCCUCGAGAUCUGGGAAUUUAAGAAAUAUCAAGCUUAGUUUUGUUGGGCAUUCUAUUGGAAACGUGAUCAUAAGAACUGCAUUAACAGAGAGCAUUAUGGAGCCAUACUUAAGAUACCUGUAUACAUAUCUUUCUGUAUCUGGUCCACAUCUAGGUUAUCUGUACAGUUCAAACUCUUUAUUUAACUCAGGACUUUGGCUCCUGAAGAAGCUCAGGGGAACACAGUGCAUUCAUCAACUUACUUAUACUGACAAUCCAGAUCUCCAAAAUACUUUCUUCUACAAACUCUCCAAGCAAAAGACACUGGAGAAUUUCAAGAAUAUAGUCCUGUUAUCUUCACCCCAGGAUGGUUACAUUCCAUAUCAUUCGGCCAGAAUUGAAUUAUGCCAGGCAGCUUCGGGAGACAACUCAAGGAAGGGCAAGGUCUUCCUGGAGAUGCUGAAUGAUUGCUUGGAUCAGAUACGAACACCCUCGUGCGAGCAUAGGCUGUUCAUGCGAUGCGAUGUCAAUUUUGAUACCUCAUCCCGAGGCAGGAACUUGAAUACAUUCAUUGGACGGGCUGCUCAUAUAGAGUUCCUGGAGUCUGAUGUUUUUGCAAGGUUUAUUAUGUGGUCUUUCCCGGAAUUGUUCCAAUGAUGAUUGUUUGUGGAUACACCUGCAUUUAUAUCUUCUCAGUCAUUCGAGCUUCACAACACAGAACCAAGAAUGGUUUGGUGGUUUUGGGGGUGAUUGGUGUGAUGAAGUGAAAGCACAUACUUGAUGCAGGCAAGCAAGCAAGAUUAAGUUAUCCGAUAUUGUAUACUAUUUUGGCUCGAAGCUGAGGCACUUAGAAGUUUGUUUCAUUUCUUAGUUGAAGUGAAUUUCAGAGAUGUAAUUAUCUUUUAGGAAAGAUUAACAAGUUCUGGUUCUUCUUUUGAUAAAUACAUCAGGAAUUAAAAGGAAUUAUAUUUGUAAUGGAGAUGGGGAAGAUGAUGGGGUAGGCUUGUAAGGAAAAUCAAUGACAGUCACACCUGUCGUGUCUAGAUUGGAUCCAUUAAGCUAAUAUUGUGCAGUGUUGGAUCCUUUAUGCAACUGUUAUUCAGUAAUAAAAUCUAGGUGUAACCUCUGUUUCUCUCUC